AUAUCAACAUGGCUAAAUUAACUCAACCAUUAUCUUUUUGACUACCGCGACAAAUUUUCUUUGUAGAUGAUGAAAUAUUUUGUUUAUAUUUUGUAUUUAAUAGUUUUUAGUGUUCUAGCAUUUUCUGAAGUGCCAGAAAAGAAAGACAGGAUUCGGAAGCAGGAAUACAUUAUUCAAAUACAGAAGAAAUGGAUCGAUACAGUUACAUUAGAGUCACCUAGAUUUGGACUUAAAUAUGUUAGAAAGCUUGUAUCCAACAUACUCUUGUUCGAAGGGAAUAUGUCACCCACAGAGGGCAUCACAGUUGAUAUAAAGGCUUUCAAGGGCUUUUUCGUUGACAAGAUUUUAAACAUUGAAAAAAGUGAAAAGGGAAUCGUUAGAUAUCAUACCGGAGGAAACCAAACCAGUGAACCAGCAAAAACAAUGUUCAGCAGAUGGAUACUCCGACGCAAGAGAUCUGCAUUUGCAAGUAUAAUUCCAUUAUAGAUAAGAUCAGAUAAGUGAAGGUAGAUAACUGAUUAUUUUUCGCAUUCGAUAAUGAUAGUGAGUAUCAAUUCCAUAAUAAUAAAUUAGAAUAUAGAUACGUUUAUUUCAUCAUUUAAAGACGUUCUGGUUCGGGAGUAGUAUUAAAUCAAAGCAAACUUAAUCCAAAUCAUCUGGUAUUGAAAUGUGCGGACUAAGAACAUAAAUAGUUACCACAUCCUUUGGUUAAAUGCUUUUGCAUGUUUUUCUUUUUUUUUGUUAUUCUUUAAGUUAGAGUAAAUGCAUUGAACACUAAAUGCGAAAAAAACAAACGUUAUUAUAACUAAAACAGAACAAAUCAAAUAGAGUUUGAAUAUUUCGAUUAUUAUUUUGACAAAUGUAUAGCUCUUGGAUAUUCCUGAACUAGAUUUCGAUAAAAUGUAACAACUUAAUAACACCGUAACAAGAAAUGAGCUGUAUGUCUCAAGACUAGUCAAAAUAUUUCAUGUAAAUCAGCCUUUAAGAAAAGUUUAAAUAAUUUAAAGAAAUAAUUAACAUGUUAUAUGCCAUUUAAAACUGAUUUUGAAGUAUUUAUCACCAUAUGUUUUGCAUAUACUUAACUUUUCUAGAAAUAUCUUGUAGAUUUCAAGUGAAUGUUGUUGUGUGUGUGAAUAAUAUUUUAUUAUUGCACUUCACGAUAUUUUACUUUUAAAUACAGUUUCGAACAUUAAUGUAAAUUUUCAUGUAAACUUUAAAAUUUAAAAGAGAAGUACAUUGUAUUGUGAAAUGAACAACAAAAGUAAUUGACACGCUGCAAACGGUAAAUACAAUCUAAGUAAAUAACCAAAAAAGUCCCAAAAAAUGCAAACAUAGCCUUUAGUGCGUUAGUCACACAGUAGAAAUAUGGAAAUAAAUAUUGCAAAAUCAGUCAUAAAUAGCACAUAACAUAAUUACUUGAGUCUUGAAUCGUUUUAAAUUUCUUAAAAUAUUAUUUCAUUUUUCUCAAAUUUGAUUUUCUUUAUACAUUUUGUCUCUUUUGGAAGCAUGAAGCUUAAAACGUGUUGUCAUAACAUAGUAUUUGCAGAAAGGCCAAUGCUGGCCAUACUAUGGAAUGGCUGUUCAAGAAGCCUGGUCACUUGGUUACACUGGACAUGGCGUCAGCGUGGCAGUUGUUGAUAUUGGAGUAGAAGUGGAUCAUCCUGACUUAAAAUCUAACAUUGCCAGUGAUCUUUCAUAUAGUUUUGUUGACAAAAACCAUAGCCAUGUUUACCCUCCACGUUUUAGAGACUUCAUCGAAACAUCAGAAGCUACUAGCCAUGGCACAAAGGCUGCCGGACUAAUUGCUGCUGUGUUUGGUAACAACAAAUGUUCUUCUGGAGUAGCAUUUCAGUCAAAAGUAGCAGCUUUAAAAGUGUUCCAUCCUGGCGAGAGUCCCGUUUCAUGGAUGAUUCAUGGAUUUGCCUUAUCAACAGAACAUAUUCCAUCGGCUAUUGCUUAUAAAAGGGAUGAAAUAGAUAUAUAUUCAUGCAGUUUCAAUCUAGCUGGUAAAUUUAGAAAGGCUUCACUAGACAUGAAAUCAGCUCUUAAAGAAGGCAUUACAAAGGAAAUAGACAAGGUCAUAUACAUGAUUGUAACAUAGAAACUCUGGCUAGCAGCAUAUACACUGUCACCAUCUCAAGUGUUGGCAAGAACGGAUCAA